AUGCCACAAACAUCUCCUAGAGCUUGCACGUUUAAGCGCUAUCAGAAUGCGUGCGAGGAAAGCGAAAAACAGCUCUACCACACUAUCCACUUGGGCGUGAAUAAAGGGGGAUCUGUUGCUUUUGUGGUUUGGCCCGCAGGUGCCGUGGCUCGGGUCGGGGCGGAGCAAGAAGUGGAGAACCUCUCCGGGCUCGCCAGCAGCCCCGAGAAGGACAUUUUCGUGGUGCGGGAGAACGGUACCACCUGCCUCAUGGCAGAAUUCGCAGCCAAACUCAUCGUCCCUUACCAGGUGUCGGCCAGCAAUUUCGUGGAUCUGAUAACAGAAGAAGCUGGGAUUCCACUUUCCCGAGGAGCAGAAAUGAAAGGAAAAUGUGGCCCUACAGAAUCGGAACUCCAGAUCUCUUGGCUAGACAAAACUUACACCCUCAAACUCUAUUUUCUCAAGGAAGGCCACAACACCAGCAAAGGGCAGGAAGCCUUCUGGAAAAUGAACAAGAUCCUGUUUGUCUAUGACACUUCUGAGCCCACCUACUUCAAAGAUGCCGUCAACCCUGGGAAGCACACGGCCAGCUCACACCACCUUUCCGCCUUAGUCACCCCGGCUGGGAAAUCCUACGAAUGCCAAGCUCAGCAGACCAUCUCCCUCACCACCAGCGACCACCAGAGAAUGGUCAUUCUCUUGCUGUCAGAAGUCCGCAUUCAGCCCUUCGACAUCAGCGCUGACUUUGUCUUCAGCGAAGAACAUAAGUGUCCAGUGGAUGAGAGGGAGCAGUUAGAAGAAACCCUACCUCUGAUUUUGGGUCUGAUAUUGGGGUUGAUGAUUGUGAUAACCCUCUGCGUGUACCAUAUCCACCACAAACUGACAGCCAACCAGGUACAAAUUCCUCGGGACAGAUCUCAAUACAAACACAUGGGCUAGGUGGCAAGAUGCAUCCACACGGAGUCCUUUCAGGUAGACAAAGCAAAAGCACUUUUUUUCUGUAGGUGAGGACACACACACACACACACACACACACACACACACACACACACACACACACACAUAUCUUCUGUAUAAUGGCCAAAUAGAGAUGGAAACACUCUUCACGGUCAAAGCAUCAGGCUAAGGGCAAAAUUCUCUUCUCAUAUGCAAACCCUAAUGUUUUACACUCCACACGCAUGCAACGUUCCCUUUCCAUACACGUAUGGAGAGUUGGGUGUUGGAGGGAAGAUUCACCACUCAGAAUUUUGCUCUAAGCAUUAAUUUAGGGUAUUCUUUCUUGAGAGCCAUAUCCUGCAUUCUUGGCACACUAGAAAUUCUCCGAGAAGCCAAUGAAAGGAAUCUGAAAGUGGCCACAAAGUAGACAUUCUAGUUGGAAAAAUCCAGGCCAGAUCCUCAGGUGGUAUAAAUCAGUGUUGCUCCAGUGAAGUCAUCUGAUUUUAAGCAACUGAGGAACUGACCUCACACUUAAGGUGGACAGAGGAAAGUUUGUUUUUGCUUCUUGGGACACUUCUGAGUUACACUUACAAAACUGAUGAUGCACAAAGUCUAGAGUACCACGCUACUGCAAGUCAACUGAGAAAUGCUUCUGGCUGGGCACCCUGCACGUCUCGUGAUUGUCUUUUGAAACGUUACAUUGCUGCCUGCAACUGACAAUUUCACAACGAAACAAAAAUGUUACUGUGACUAUGCAGAUCAUGUCAGGCGUUCUCCGAUGUAACAAGAAAAUAUGAAAUCUGAAGUCUAUCCGCUAAUGUCCGACAUUUUUAAAAUGAAUUAAAAUAUACACGUGUCUAA